CUCUAAUCUGUGGUAGUUACUUGUACUUGUUUCUACCUAACUACUUAUUCAUUAUUGUCGUUUUUUAUUCAAAUUUCAAUUAACAUUAUUACGUUUAUUUAUAAUUAGGAUAAGACUGGUGAUAUAGUGUCUAUCUUCAAUUUCAGUGAAUUACAUUUCAGUUGGGAUUACAUAUUAUAGGAUACACAGUCAAUAAUCAUGCGUCCAAAGCUGUUUUGGAAAGUAUUUCUGCCAUUAUUAUUCAUAUUAGUACAAAUAUCUGUUCAAGCCAAGAAACAAAAGUCGGCAGUUGUUACAGAUAUAGAGGAUAUAAAAGAAUUUAAGAAGCUAUUGAGGACUAAAAUAAAUAUUUUAAUACUAUAUUUGAGCAUACCAAAAUCUUCACAGUCUAUUAUAGAUGUGUUUAAGGAGACAGCUGAUGCCGUAAAGGGGCAGGCAACUCUAGUUAUCAUUGACUGUAGUAAUAGUGCAGGUAAGAAAUUAUGUAAAAAAAUGAAGGUGCCGUCAUCAAAUCCUUACUGCUUAAAACAUUACAAAGAUGGUGACUAUCAUAAGGACUAUGACCGAAGUGAAACUGUUAACUCUAUGACAAAUUUUCUUCGAGACCCUACUGGAGACUUGCCUUGGGAGGAAGAUUCAACUGCUAAAGACAUAGUUCACUUACAAGAUGGUGAGGCACUAAUUAAAUUUCUCAAGAAGGGAGCAGCUGCACUUAAGAAAUCAAUGAUUAUGUUCUAUGCCCCAUGGUGUGGAUACUGUAAAACUUUAAAACCAGAAUAUGUAGCAGCUGCUACUGAUUUAAAGGGCGAAGCUUUAUUGGCGGCUAUUGAUGUUGCUAAACCGGGUAACUCGAAAAUUAGACAAGUUUAUAAUAUAACUGGUUUUCCAACGCUUUUGUACUAUGAGAGAGGCCAGUACAGGUUCCCCUAUAAUGGUGAGAAUAACAAACAAGCGAUAGUAGACUUCAUAAGAAAUCCCAUAAUACAUUUACAACAGAAAAAAACUGAAGAGAUUAAUGAAAUUUGGUCUCAAAAUACUGAUGUAGUGCAUCUAGACGCGGAAAAUUUCAACAGCGUAUUAUCAAAAGCUGAACACGCUUUGGUUGUGUUCUACGCACCGUGGUGCGGCCAUUGCAAACGUAUUAAACCAGAGUUCGAGAAGGCAGCUACAAGAAUAAAAUCAGAAAAGAUUACGGGCAUAUUGGCGGCUGUGGACGCUACAAAACAGCCGGAAUUAGCGUCGCAGUUUGGUGUUAAAGGCUAUCCUACUUUGAAAUAUUUUAAUAAAGGAGAGUACAAAUACGAUGCUGGCCACGCGAGACAGGAAAACCAGAUUGUUAACUUUAUUAAGAACCCCCAAGAGCCACCGCCGCCACCACCGCCAGAGAUGCCCUGGGCCGAAGAAGACACUGCCGUGCGCCACCUCGACUCCACGACCUUCAGAAACACACUGCGCAAGAUCAAACAUGCCCUCGUUAUGUUCUACGCACCAUGGUGUGGACAUUGUAAGAGUACAAAGCCAGAAUUCGUAAAAGCCGCUGAAGAAUUCGCUGAUGAACUAAGGGUUGCGUUCGGAGCCGUUGACUGUACCAUACACCAGGAUUUAUGUGCCAACUAUGAUGUUAAAGGAUAUCCUACAAUCAAAUACUUCAGUUAUUUCGAUAAACAAGUCGAGGAUUAUUCGAGUGGAAGAAAGGAUACAGAUUUCGUCUCAUUUAUACAUACACAAAUGAACAAUCAUCAGACGUCUCAGAAGGCAGUUAAGACCAAUCAGGACGCAGGCUUUGGUGUUAACGUCGUGUUGUCCACUGAUGAUGAUUUUGAGCAGAUCAUCGCUGCACCCAUACAUACAUUUGUUAUGUUCUAUGCCACUUGGUGCGGACAUUGCGUGGCCGCAAAGCCUGCGUUCAGUCGCCUCGCCACGACUUUGAAGACUGACAGUUCUCCAAUAAAAGUAAUCGCUGUGGAGGCAGCUGAAAAUGCCAAAGUGGCUGAUUUAGCAGGCAUCCGAACGCUGCCUACUUUCAAAAUGUUUGCAUCAGGAAGACAUGUAGCGGACUAUGAGGGAGACAGAUCUACGGAGGACAUGCUUAAAUUUUGUAAACAAUACGAGAAGGUGAAAGAUGAAUUGUGAUCUUAGUGAAUUAAUUUCCUAUUUUGCAUUUAUUUACAUUAGAUAUUAAUUUGUCUCAUUAAUGUUUGUAUUCUCAGAGUUAAUAGAUUUUUAUACGUAAUAUUAUAUGAAUUUAAAGUUGACGUAUUUUUAUGCAUAUUAUAAUUUUAUUGUUAAUAUAUUUGCUUUUAACUACAUUAAUGUUUAUACUGUACUAUAAUAAAUUUUAAUUGAUAUUAGAAAAUACUUAUACUCGUAUCAUGCGUGUGGAAAUUUUACAUCGUAUAUAAAGAGUAAUUAAGGUUAAAAAAGGAACAUAAUAAUAUUAUCAUCAUAUCAGCCGUUAAUUGUCCACUGUUGAACAUAGGCCUACUCCACAAGGGGUGUUUGCCAGUAGUUGCCAAGUUUAGCUGGCGCGUUAGCAACUGCAGUUAGGCUUUUUGUGAUGUUUUAAGAGGGAUGCUGCUGCCUAUCCCUCAAUUACUCAGUUCCCUAAGUCUUAAUUACUUAAUAGAAUAUUAGAAAUUUAUUAACAAAUUAGAAGGAAUCUUUAUAGUAAGACUGAAUAGUAAGAACAAUAUUUUUUUGAAGUAGAGAAGAGUUGCUUUCCACUUUUUUUUUUAAAUACUAUUAAAUGUAAAUUUAUUAUAUUUUCAAAGUCCUUUUAUUUAGGAGUUAUUAUAAAUUUGUCUAGCAACGUUUACAUUACCUUUGAAUAUUUAAUACCGAAUUUUUUUAUAUGUAUGAAUGAAUUAUUUAAAGAUUUUAAAACGGUAAUCAUAGAUGUACCAUCCUCAUCAUAUCAGCCGUAGUUGUCCACUGCUGAACAUAGGCCUCCCCUUUUGGGGGGUUUUGCCAGUAGUUGCCAUGUAUGGAUUUCAGUCAGGCUUUGAUGAUGUUUAAAGAGGGAUGCUGCUGCCCAUUUCGUGACCAUAAAUUUCAUUCAAAUCAUAGAUCAUAUGCACAUAAAUUAAAAAUCUAAAGUAUCAAUCACUAAUUAACUUUUUAAUUUGCUAUAAUUUUGAAUAAUCAUUUAGAAUAUUGAAAAAUCUCAGACAAUGCAGAUAUUGUCAAACUUUGAUAUGAACAGUCUUAACCCUUAAAUUGAUUUUGUUCGCUUUAUAGGACGUCACUCUUACACCAAGCAGAAAAAAGAACCUAUCGUACAAGCCAAAAACAUGAUGUCUUUUAUCCACUGAAGCAUUGUGCAAAAAUAUAUUGAUAAACAUUAGUUAAAUAAAUUCAAUCCAAGUGCAAAUAUCUUGUGAGGGUUUUCCUGCGUGAAAGUAACAUCUAAGCUCAGCAAAUAUGUAAAAUAGAUUUAUUAGAAUGUACAAUAGUAAGACAGCGAAAUAACAAGUGAACAAAAACAGUGGAUGGACGUUGACAUGGCAUUAUUUUAAAAUACGACAAUGUGCUGUGCCAGUUUUAACAUAUCUGAUUUGUUUACUCUUCUGAUAAAUUUCAUAAAAAUUAAAAAAAAAAUACUUAAAAUAUAAAAUAAAUUAUUGGAUGACAAUUUUUUUUAAUUAGUACUAUAAUAUUGGUUUAUUUAAAGGGUUUAUCAAUCGUAUUUUGGCAAUUUGACGACCAUUUCUAGCCAGACAAAUCUGAAAAAAUAAUAGACCUACUUUUACAUGAUAUUUUUUUAAUCUAUAAUUAUUUGCAAAAAUGUAAACAUAUGCUUUGUGUCACUGUCAAAUAUAUUUGAUAACUUUUAUUGCAUAUAUUUACUCCACGCCUGUCUGUAAGCUGGAGUAUUCUAACAAACAAAAAGCAGUCACUGAAUUCUACAAUUCAUCAUUUCCUCCACUUCCAUCAAUUUGUUUGUAUAAGCUUCUCCGUUAAGAAUAUAUUAAAUUCAGUCUUUUUUAACAUAUCACAUAUUCGGUUGACAUAUAUACAUAUACAGGGUACCGUUUGUAGUAUUUCUCGUUUUCGUUAUUCUUUGAUUAUAAUUACACACUUUUAGUUUCUCAAAUCAGACUUUUAUGUAUGACUAACAUUGUAUAUAAAGUUGGUAGUUCUGAAGCUACCAUAUACUAACAUGCAAUGUUGAAUGUCUAUUAUAAAUGACAUUAAAAAAAACAUAUAACCAUAAAAUUAAAAUGCAUUGUCUUUUUUAUGCUUAUCAUAUCUAAGAACCAAAAUGAAAUUAUAAGAAAAAGCAAUGAGUGGCAAUUUAAGGGUUAAUAGCUGUCCUGUACUUAAAAAAUUUAGUCUCAUAGAACCAAUAUUCAAUACGCUGUAUACUUAUAACAAAUAUAUAUGUAUUUUUUAUAAGUUUUCUUGUUGAAAUAAAAAAUAUAUUUUUAGAUAAAUUGUUUAUCCCCUCAGACUCCAAAACAGUUAAAGUUAUGAUGCACUCAUAAUAGAAUCGUGCAUCUUAAAUUGUGCCUUUCAAAUGUUUAUGUCGUCUGUAGAGAUAUAACGACGCCAAAAUUCCAAAUAUAACUGUAACAAUGAAGUUAAUGUCUUUAUUAUAUUUUUCAUUUCUGAUUGAGGUCGAUAAGUACGUAAUUUAAUGUUUUAAAUACUUAGCAACUUACUAUAUGUUAAUACCUAUAUUAAACAGUAAUCUAUUUAAUUUGGUACAAUUGAGAUUAUAUUAUGUAUUAGUAACAAUAAUGAUUAUAUAUUAUAUAUAUAUAAUAUAAUACUGAUCUCCAUUAGCUUUUUAAUCAUUGUUAUAUUAAACUUUACUACUGCUACUAUAUUACUACUAAUUUUCUUUUAUUUAUAGUAAUAAUUAUGAUAAUUAUAUUCUCUUUUUGUUUGAUAGUUUACAGUUAUUAAAAGAAAAUAUGUAGUUAGUGAAAACUUUUCAUAAUUUUUGUAACAAACAUAUAUAAUUUGUGAACCUCAAUAUUUAUACAUUGUCUCAUUCUUUUUAAGAGACUUUUAAAAGAAGAAGGUACUCAAUUGGUCUUUAUUUUUUUUUUUAUGACUCUGUUUUAAAAUGUCAAGCGAGGCAAGUCAAUAAUUCGUGUCAAGACUCUAUAACCCAUAUUAAUAAUAUCAGUAAUCAGUUACUAGUUCACGAUAUUAUGUAAACCAUCUGUCUGACAAAGUCAUGUGUAUGAAAUCGAUCUUUUGGUACGGUUUUUUUUUUCUUUUCUCAAUUAAGAUAAGUAAAAUAUUCUUCAUCUAUUAUCUUUUCUUAUUCAGAUUUCUAGUUCUCAGACGUAAUAUAAAUGUUGAAAAUCAAUGGUGCCUAUUGUAGAAAGAGUGAAUGAGAAUACAACUUGAUGAAACCUUGUAGAUUAUGCUCAGUGAAAACGUAAUCACUUUUCCAUCUUAAUCUUGGUAAUCUCAAAUUAAACUUGUGUAUUUAAAAAAGUACUUAUAGAGUUUUAGAUAAAGAAUUGUUAAGUAUUUACGUAUUUGCUUUUAUAUCACAAAAUAACGUACCUGUUAAAUUUAUUUCUGUUAUGUAUUUCAGUUCAUAUUAAUAUUGAACGUUGUACUAUUCUUAACGCAAUUUAUGCAUUCUUUGUAUCUCAUUGUCAUCGAUGUUUUAUCAUGGACAGUGUUAUAAUAUUUUCCUUUAAAAAUGGGCUUCCAAAUAUAUAAUAUUCAGUAAAAAAAAUUAGAUUAAUUUCUGAAAAAUAAUAAAUUGCCAUAUUAAUUAAUUCAGAAUAAAUUUGUAUCGUGUUAUUAUUUUCCUUUUGCUUUCAGCUAAGACAUAGAACCUACAGAGAAUCAUUAUAAAACUUUGUAUUUUAUUGCACGACAUGUCGGCUCUAAUCUUCAAUUUAUAAAAAGUUAAAUAAUCUGAUAAAUUUGUUAAUUUUAUAAGAUACAAUGACUCAAACGCUAACGGCCCUUUUGAUGAAGUAGUAUAUAAACAUAUUAUCUUAGCACUGAUUCUGAAUUUUUAUAUUACUACGUUACUAAAGAUUGCAAUAAUCAAUUCAUUGUAUAUAUAUUAAUAACUUCAAAGAUUUUUUCAUUUCUAUGUAUUAGUAAUGCGUUACAAAUCAUUCAUAAAUCUAUAUCAGAUGAUUUGACAGAGUUAUAACGUGUUUCUCUUAAGCGCAUGUAUUAAAUAUUAACAUUGGUUGGUGUUGUGGAUGAUCAUGGGCGGCGGUAGUCACUUACCAUCAGGUGAGCCGCAUGCUCGUAUGCCCCUGUGUUAUAAAAAAAAUUAACAUAUCCAUAUUAUAUACUAAAUUUUAAAUACAAUGGUAUAUCUGGCACAUCAUAUAAGAUUAAAUUUAGAAUCUGUAAGUUUGAGACAUGAAAUAAAAACAAAUUAUAAUUUGUUAUUCUUAAAAGUAAACAAUGAUAAUUACUGCUUAAUAUCUAAUGAAAUAAUCACGUUUUCUUAUGAUUUUACACUCAUACCAUUAUAUUUCAAGUGGAGUAUAUACGAACUAAGCAAUAAUUAUAAAUUUCGACAAUAAAAAGUAAAUGUGUUUGAUGUAGUUUGGUAUCUAGUUUCUAGUGUAAAAGUACAGAUGACAUAAUAGUUACGUAAAGGGUCAAUUCUCAGUAUUAACUAACACAUAACUAAUGUAUUUUAUAAAGACAAAAUUUGAAUAAAAAUUGCCGACCAAUUGCAGAAACACCUGUAAUCCAAGUAAUUGUACUUAUUAGCAAUAUUUGUAAAAUCUAGAUUAAUGCUCCUUAAUUUCAGUAAAUGUAGAAAAUGUGCAUUUUUCUGGAAUUAGUUUAUUGCUUCAAAUUUACGUAAGCCUAACUAGCUGAAUAUAAAAUUAACAUUAAAUUUUUAUCAUAAUGGUGUCCAUCACUGAAUAUAAUUACUCUAAUCGAUUGUGAUAAAUAUAGAUAGUAUCAAAUUACUAUGUGAAUUCUGUAGAGUUACAUAAUUUAUCUUAAUUGCAUUCUAUUGUUUAAACAAAGAAAAGUGUAAAAAUAUUUAAUAGCGAUUUACAUUAAGAGCUUGUACCGCGUGGAAAAUACUCAGCGAACAAAUAGAGAAUUUUGUUCUCCGCUGACAAAUCUUGGGCAGGUUUUAACAAUUUGCAUUUCCUCAAUAUUGUUUUUACGUUUACUAAAUUGGAGAUAUUUUUUUAAAUAAACAAAUAAUAAACA